UACAGCUGCCUCACCAUGAACCUGUCAGAGCAGAUUUCGUUCCUCUUCAGCUGUAAUGUCAGCCCAAGUGAGAUGCCACAGCUCGACAUUAGUGUCACCAAAAGUGAGCCACUGACCAUCGCUGUUCCCAUGACCAUCUUCUACAGCAUCGUCUUCUUGUUGGGAGUCUUAUUUAAUGGUGUGAGCAUACUGACCCUUAUCAUGGAUGCUCAUAUGAGGGUCAGUGCCAUUCGUUUUUACCUUCUCAGCCUGGUCAUAUCAGACAUUCUACAGCUGUUGACCAUCCCAGUAACUUUGUAUCGGUAUUACUGGGAGAGCUACCCAUGGCGUCUGGGCCAAGCAGUAUGCAAGGUCUACUUCAUGGUCCGCCAAGUGUACUGUGCCACCACAAGCUGGGUUAUCAUGACUUUCACCACUGAGCGCUAUGCAGCCAUUUGCCACACUAUGUGGUCUGUCUCCAGCCUCAAGAAGUCUCGUUUGCCAUGCCUCCUUUCAGUAUGGAUCAUUUCUCUUGUCUCCGCUGUGCCAUUUGCACUGGUCUAUGACCAGGCCCGUGCCUGUAUCCUGGACUACACAGCUUCCACACGAGAGGAUGCCUUCCAUGUGUCCACCAUGUGUGAGAUGACAGAGCCUGAUCCUGCACACAUCUACAAAGGAGCGUUACUCCUGAGAGCGGGAAUCUUCUUUCUGGUCCCGCUUGUCUCCAUCUUUACUCUCUACCUGCUCAUCUUGCUGCACCUGAGGAGGAAUGGGCGUCAAAGGAGAAACAUGGGUCUCACACGACCGGAUCCAGGAGGAAGACGAGAUGUCCAGUGCCAUCAAAAUGGAAAGCUACUUUUAAAUGAAAAGAGAGCGCUAAAACUCAUGGGUGCAGUCGUGGUGGCCUUUUUUGUUUGCAACUUUCCAGACAUUGCCUCGUCACUGAUGCAGGUCUACGUGGUUGUCUGGUCCGACACCAUCCUUUCUGUCUACACAAUCCUGAAAUCCUACUUGUCGCUUCCCCUGUGGUAUAUCAACGGCGCCCUGGACCCGCUUCUGUUCUGUAUCUCCUCCCACACGUUUCGCAGGGCGUGCUGGAGAACUCUGGGUAGGCUUAGGCCUCGCUGCUUCUGGAAGUAUAGGAGCAUAUCUUGGCUGUGGCAGAGGAGCUCCUGUGAAGAAGCAAGCACAACAGCCAAAGAUAAGAUGGAAAUAAGAGGAAAUACAGUCUCUAACAAGUCAGAUCAGAGGGAUGGGGAUUGUCAAGAAAGCCCCCUUUAA